AUGAAGAUUCACAAUGACUUGGAUAAUUCUUCUUAUAGUUCUAUACCAUUUUCAUUUAAUAUUCGGGUAGUCCGACCCAACCCUAAGCCAAUCCGAACUAUAAAGAGGUGGGUCGACCCAAUAUUGACCCGACGAGUCUUCUUCUUCACAAUUCAAACACCGCUCCGCUGCAACACUCUUGGGUGUGAAGAGGUGCCCAAACAAAGCAAAGGCGUGGUAAAGCAACACCGCAAUGCCUCUACAACGAUGCGCAAUUCAAAGCUUGCAGUCUCUCUCCUCGUAGCACGUGCCAAGUCACUCCAACUUCAUCACCACACGUGUCACUGCGUAGCUUCUUCCUCUUCUCCGGCCUCUACUCCACUCUUCAGGUUUCUCCCUUCUUCCUUACGAAACUCGAAGUCCCUCGUCUCCGCGCGACUCUUCUCCAGCUAUUACUCACUCGAACAGUUCUCCGAUGAUGAAUACGACUGUGACUUCGAGAAUCAGCAGGUAUCGUCUACAGUGGCUAAUGUGGAUGAGUGGAAAUGGAAACUCAGCAUGCUGUUACGCAGUGAAAAGGAACAGGAGAUUGUAUCAAGAGAUAGAAAAGAUAGGAGGGACUAUGAACAAAUAGCUAACCUUGCCAAAAGAAUGGGGCUAUACAGUGAGUUGUUUGGAAAAGUGGUCGUUGCAAGCAAGGUGCCUCUUCCUAACUACCGUCCAGAUUUGGAUGACAAACGUCCACAAAGAGAGUUGGUGAUUCCACUAAGCUUGCAAAGGAGAGUAGAGGGUUUGCUGCAGGAAUACCUUGAUAGACUUCAGUUGAAUUCUGCAAAGACAAAUGAGAGCCUGGAUGAUGUGAACUCCGCCAAUCAAGUUAAAAAAUUAGACAUGGAUGAAAGUGAUGAUACUUUUGUGGAUGAAUCUGUUAUGGAAAAGGUUCUCCAAAAGAGGAGUUUGAGGAUGCGUAACAUGCAAAGAGCUUGGCAGGAAUCACCUGAAGGCAGGAAGAUGCUGGAAUUCCGGAAGUCUCUACCAUCGUUCAUGGAAAAACAAGGUUUACUUCAAGCUAUAGCACAUAAUCAGGUGAUAGUUAUAUCUGGAGAGACUGGCUGUGGUAAAACCACUCAACUUCCUCAAUAUGUAUUAGAAUCAGAGAUAGAGUCUGGUCGUGGAGCAUUUUGUAGCAUUAUUUGCACGCAGCCUCGAAGGAUAUCUGCCAUGACAGUUUCCGAGAGGGUGUCAGCCGAGCGGGGAGAGCCUCUUGGUGAAACAGUUGGCUUCAAAGUUCGAUUAGAAGGAAUGAAAGGGAAAAACACCCAUCUGCUAUUUUGUACCAGUGGCAUAUUACUUAGAAGGUUACUGAGUGAUCGAAACCUGAAUGGUAUAACCCAUGUUUUUGUGGAUGAAAUUCAUGAAAGGGGCAUGAAUGAAGACUUCUUAUUAAUUGUGCUAAAGGAUCUGCUUCCAAGGCGUCGGGACUUAAGAUUGGUUUUAAUGAGUGCCACCUUGAAUGCUGAGCUUUUUUCAAAUUAUUUUGGAGGUGCUCCUACAUUUCAAAUUCCGGGUUUCACCUAUCCUGUUAGAGCUCACUUUUUAGAAGAUGUGUUGGAAAUUACUGGAUAUAAAUUAACUUCCUUCAACCAAAUUGAUGAUUAUGGUCAAGAGAAGCUGUGGAAAACACAAAAGCAACUUGCACCACGCAAGAGAAAAAAUCAGAUCACUUCUCUUGUUGAGGAUGCUCUUUCUAAAUCAAGCUUUGAGAACUACAGCUCCAGGGCACGUGAUUCACUGGCAUCUUGGGCCCCUGACUGCAUAGGGUUUAAUCUCAUUGAGGCUGUUCUGUGCCAUAUAUGUCGGAAGGAACGGCCAGGUGCUGUCUUAGUGUUUAUGACUGGGUGGGAGGAUAUAAGUUCUUUACGAGAUCAGCUUAAAGCGCAUCCUCUAUUAGGAGAUCCCAAUAGGAUUCUACUUCUAACGUGUCAUGGAUCAAUGGCAACUUCCGAACAGAAACUCAUAUUUGAGAAACCACCUCCAAAUAUAAGGAAAGUAAUACUUGCUACAAAUAUGGCAGAGGCAAGUAUUACAAUCAAUGACGUAGUUUUUGUGGUUGAUUGUGGAAAAGCAAAAGAGACCACUUAUGAUGCUUUGAAUAACACACCUUGUCUUCUACCUUCUUGGAUAUCACAAGCAUCUGCACAACAGGCAAAAUAUAGCCUUUGGUGGAGGGAGCUGAGUGGGAAAAAAGGAAAAGUGCAGAUUGAUGAUACAAGGGGGCUUUUUCCUAUUACCAUUGAGGCGUGGGCUAGGAUCUAUAGAAGAGGUAGGGCUGGUCGUGUGCAGCCAGGAGAAUGCUACCACCUUUACCCCAAAUGUGUUUAUGAAGCCUUUUCUGAAUACCAACUCCCUGAACUACUGAGAACACCUUUAAACUCUCUUUGCUUGCAAAUAAAAAGUUUGCAAGUCGAGAGCAUAGGAGAGUUCUUAUCUGCAGCUUUACAAGCACCAGAGCCACGAGCUGGUGUUGUUGGAUUGGCAGAGGUUGAAAAUGCUAUUGGUUUUCUCAAGAUGAUUGGAGCAUUAGAUGAAAAAGAAAAUCUUACAAAUCUCGGGAACUUUCUCUCUAUGCUUCCUGUAGAUCCCAAGCUGGGAAAAAUGUUAAUAAUGGGAGCUAUAUUUCGAUGCUUUGAUCCUGUUCUUACAAUUGUAGCUGGCCUUAGUGUCAGGGAUCCUUUCCUUUUGCCCCAAGAUAAGAAGGAUUUAGCAGGGACAGCAAAGUCUAGGUUCUCUGCUAAAGAUUACAGUGAUCAUAUGGCUCUUGUUCGAGCGUAUGAAGGAUGGAAAGAUGCAGAAAGAGAAGGAUCGUCUUAUGAAUACUGCUGGAGAAAUUUUCUCUCUGCCCAAACUCUUCAGGCUAUUCAUUCACUUCGGAAGCAGUUUAGCUUCAUCUUGAAAGAUGCUGGCUUGGUAGAUGCAGAUGCAAGCAUGAUUAACAAAUUGAGUCACAAUCAGUCUCUUGUGCGUGCAGUCAUUUGUUCUGGACUCUUUCCUGGCAUAGCAUCAGUGGUGCACAGGGAGACAUCCAUGUCAUUUAAAACAAUGGAUGAUGGCCAGGUUUUAUUAUAUGCUAAUUCAGUGAAUGCACGUUACCAGACCAUUCCUUACCCAUGGUUGGUUUUUGGUGAGAAAGUUAAGGUCAAUGCUGUUUUCAUCCGUGAUUCCACUGGUGUAUCUGAUUCAAUACUUAUACUUUUUGGUGGUGCUCUGAGUAAUGGGAUACAGGCAGGGCAUCUGAAAAUGUUAGAUGGAUAUGUUGACUUCUUCAUGGAUCCUAAUUUAGCUGACUGCUAUUUGAAGCUUAAGGAAGAGCUCAAUAAGCUUAUCCAGAAGAAGCUUGAAGAUCCUAACGUUGACAUUCACAAGGAAGGGAAGUACUUGAUGCUUGCUGUUCAGGAGCUGGUUUCAGGGGAUCAAUGUGAAGGAAGAUUUGUUUUUGGCCGUGAAAGCAGGAAGCCCAAGGCCUCUAAUGAUGAAAACAAAUUCACAAAAGAUGGGACAAAUCCCAAGAGCUUGCUGCAAACAUUGUUGAUGCGAGCAGGACACUCCCCACCAAAAUACAAAACGAAACAUCUCAAGACGAAUGAGUUUAGGGCACUGGUGGAGUUUAAGGGAAUGCAAUUUGUUGGCAAACCAAAGAGAAACAAGCAACUUGCAGAAAGGGAUGCUGCUAUAGAGGCAUUGGCUUGGUUGACUCACACUUCUGACAAUAAUCAGCAUGAAGAUGAUAACUCUCCGCCUGAUGUCACUGACAACAUGCUAAAACUCCUAGGGAAGCGCAGAAAAUCAAAGCGACGCCAUGAUUGA